UAUGGGGUUGUACUACUUAUGUGAAGCAGUAGUGGGAGGUAAGUUGGAUAUGAGAUCCAUCUUAUGUAAAUUUCUGGGGUAUCCAAAAGAGUCUAUUGGAUACUAUUUCUAUGACCCCUCUGAAAAAAAGGUGUUUGUUUCGAGGAAUGUUGUUUUCUUAGAGGAAGAGUUUCUCUCAAAGAAUAGUGGAGUCAUAGAACUUAAUGAAGAACCACAAGAAAUUCCACAAAAUACCACAAAUAAUAUACCAGUAGAGACUGGACCAUCUGUAACACAACCUCUUCGGAGAUCUGAAAGGAUUCCUAGGGCGCCUGAAAGGCUAUACCUAUU